UAACGCGCCAAACUGUAUUCCUCUGAAACCAAACCAGUCCGUCGCGUCUCAAAAAUUUGAAGCUGAAAUGCGUACUCGCUACCUCAACAUCGACUACUUCACCGCCACUCCAACCCAAGCCCUAGAAUCCCUAACCUUCCUCCACCUCCCGAUUCUUCCCCUGUCUCCCUCCAAUCUCUCCACCGCCUUCGACGGCCUCCACCUCCUCCUCUUCGACUCCGAACUCGAAGUCUCGCUCCAAAUCGAGCAAUUGCCGAUCGGAGCUGCUCUCACGAAGUUCUUCCUCAGAAUAUCGUUCUCGAUGUCGCGGACUUCGAGCCCGGCGAUCCGUCUCCGAGUUCUAGAAAUUUCGGUUCCGGAAGCCGUGGGCUGCAGUUCUCGGAGCUCUUGCUUUGAUGUCAAAGUUGAUAGAAGUUUACGAAUUCUGAAACUGAACUUAUAUGCUAAAGUAGUUCGAAAGGAUAAUGGCAGAAGAGAUGCAGAGAAAGAUGCACACCCAUAUGAAGUGCUCCGAUUUGAAACACCAGAGUUGGAUGUGUUCUUGGAAAAUGCUUACAUUUAUGAUAAAGAGGAGCUCCCGUUUCUUUCAGAAGAAGAAAUGCUCAAUCUUACAGUGAAGUGUCCUUGGGAAGUUCAUGAGUCAGUUCAUACAGUUGAAGACUUUCAUUCAGAGUAUUCCACGGAUCAAAAGGCUUAUAUGUUUCAAGAUGAUUGUUCUUACAAGGACCAAAUGCAACUCUAUCAGAAUUUCCCUGUGUUAGAACCAAAUGAGAUAACUCUGCCAACUUUCACGGGUUUGUCUGUAGAGGGUGAACUUUCUUCUGUUUAUGAAAAUAUUGAGCCCCAGCAAUGGGAUAAAAAAGAUAAUCUGAACUGGAGAGGAGCUUUUGGGUACAAAGGAAUACGGGAUAUCAGAAUUCAGGGAGACAUCACAUAUCAAGGGGCGUCCACAGUUGCUUCUUUCCAAUCUCUAAGCCCGGUUGUUUUUGAAGAAUCUCAGAUUCUUGAUUUGGACUCAUCUCAGCAUUUUGAAGUCCUCAUUAGUACACGAACAGCAAAUGAACCAGAAACCUGUGACUGGAUGUUUAGUGGAGACAUAAACUUCAAUACUUUGAUUGUUAGUCAUGAGCUAGCCCUGGUUAAUGACACAUUCAAAUCAUUGCCCGUGCCUGUUCUCUCUGAUCAUGAAAAGAGAUCGUCAUAUGUUGUUAUGGAGGAAACACUAACUAACUUACUGCUGCUGCCCCUAUCUGCAUCAGAUAGGAUUUACUUGGAUUGGCAUUUUCUCGAGAAAGAUAAAUGUAAUUGUCAAAUUUCUUUCUCCCAUCAGAAAAUCUUGGAGGAUACAAAUUCACUGAGCACCUGUUUGAUUGGGACGACUGCUAUAAUGAUGGAAUGCAGGUGUGUGAUUUUGCUUUCUCCGAUGAUGCCUGUAGAGGAGUUUAAUACAGAAGAAACCAAAGAAUUACAGGAGUUGCCCUCUGAUGGCAUUCCUCUGCUUGCUGGUCAUCUUGGAGAUACUUCAGCUGAAUUGUCAGGCAGCACUUUUCCACAGAAGAAAAAUGGAGAGCAGAUUGAUAUAAGAGGUGCUGAGAGGGCUUCCUCACUUUUCAAGUCUAUGUCACGAUUCAAUGAUAUCGACUUUUUCUUGAAUCCCCAGAAGGCCUCUACAGGUGGAAAUAGUAAUUGUGCAGUUACCAGAGUUGCUAAUGCUACAUUUCCAAAGGUGUAUGCCCAGGGAGAGCAGUCUUAUUCUAUAUCUCCUCCAGUUGUGAACAUGAAUGAUCAGCAAUCAGAGGAACUCUUGGACAUUUUUCCUGGUCAUGAAAAGAAUGAUAUGAGAUAUAAAGAAGGUGCAGAUGAAGCAGAAGCUAGCAGUAUGCCCCUACCUAAUCUUUCUAUGUCAUCUGCAAUGGAAGCUGAGCGUUUUCAGCACAGCAUGGCGUCUUUCCCUGAGAUGGUCAUUGUUGUAAACACUCAAAAUCUUGAUAAGGAAGUGAUAGUGUCUAGAAGAAGUACUUACCAAAAAAUUCUUGCAAAGGAGAAAGAAGGGGUACAAUUAGUAGAACGUGAUUCAGAUUUACCUGUGGAUAUCAUAAUCAGUUCUGCAAUUUGUUUAGUGUGGUAUGACUCUAAAAACAUUGGACAGAAAGCAACCACUCUUGAUGAAGCUUCUUCAUACUUACUUCUGUGCAUUGAUAACAUUGCCACAAAUGUUUUGACGUUGCUGAGUUUCACUUUCAGUGGCUGCUUUAUGGUAGUUAACAAAACUAUAUUCGUAGGAGAAAACAGCUUCCUCUCCACUAUAAUGGAGUCCUCAUAUGGACUUUAUGCAGCAGCAGCGUGCCUGGGAAUUGAUUUGCAGAUUUUCAACUCUUAUUCAUCUGAGUUGACUGAUGUAAUUGUACUGAGCUGCAUGGGACAUGCCACGAAGUUGACAAGGUUUAUGUAUCCUCGAAUGCCUGAGUCGGAAAGUCUUGCAGAAUCAUUCCUUACCAAACUUCCUUCAGUAAAUGCUUUAACAGCUCAUGCAAUACUGUCUUCAGGAGGCUUGCUCAAAGAGUUUCUUGAAUCGUCCCAUGAAACCAGGGUGAGUGUACUCCAAAAAUAUCACGUUUCUGAUGAAAGUAUCACACUUAGUGCUUUAUGCAAAUAUGGUGAACCGGCAGUUUCUAAAUCAAUUAUGACAGACUGCUCCUCUUCAGUGUCCUCAACUUCCAAGCUAACUGAUUCAUGUUUGUCAAAAAGCCCCAAAAUAAUUGAUGAGUUCCGAAAGUCUAGGUUCUCUCAGAAUGACUUGUUUGAUCAAGAGGGUUUGGAUAUGGAUAUGAUGAUGUAUCCUUCUAAGGUUUUUGAGCCAUAUGAUUCUCAAAUCUCCAGAGGGCCUCAGGUAUUAAACAAGAUAAAAAGGUCCUGUUCAUCGUUGAAGGAUAAGCUGUCAGGUCAGAAACGAGGAUCAGAUAUGCCUAUCAUGAAGAAUUUUGAUUUCUAUAACAAGAAGAACGCUGAGGUUCUGCAUGAGGACCUAAAAGAGGAAGUUAUUGACCUAACAGACAUUGGAAAUGGAUCCACAAGGAGGUCUAAAGCUGCAAGAAAAUUGUCAUUUGCCUCGAGCAGUCACUGUACUUUCCCAACAGCUGCUGAAAUCAACUCAACUCCAACUGUUUGGUGUUCUGCAGAAGGCCUGAGAAAAAUUUCGCAAGUUGGAGCCAACAAUUACUCAGAUGCAGAUCUUGAACAUGAUGUUUUCCACUUAACAAACCGUAACAUGCCCUCAGAGGAGAUUUUCAUGAAGAGUUCUGGGGGAAAUCCCAAGGGAUACAUUUCCACGAGAAUGAUAUAUCACCUUAUGGAUGAACAAGGGCUACAUAUCUACGAGAAUGAUAUAUCACAUUAUGGUGGAACACCACUCUCAAAAGCUCUCCGCUCAGGCAGUUCACAGCAAAAUACUCCCUGGACAAUAGAGGUUCUGAAGAGAAUCAAGGAAAAGAGCAGGUUGCGUCAGCGUCUCCUUCCUGGUGACUUAACCGGCCCUAGUUUGGGUUAUCCAGAGAAUGUAUCGAAGGUUAGCAAGAGAAGAAGUCAGUCUAUUCUUGAUUUUUACAAGUACCAAGGUGGCAACACUCCAAGAAAAUUACCAGAAGGAAAGAGGCAGAACCGACCUUUACAAUCGUCAAGCUCACCCAAAAAUGAAAAUUACUCAGCUGCUCCUCUUACUGCGUGGACACCUCUUGACAAAAGAGCAAGACAGACGCUAUCUUUUGCAACGAAUGAUAGUGGAAACCAAACUAAGCUGGCGUGGAGUGAUGGAGCUCAUGGUGUCAGGAAAAAGUUUCAGAUUCAAACUUGAAACGGCAAGGUGUGUUGGUUCAGAGCUUAUGGUUUAGGAUCAUGGUUUUAGGUUGCUUCCCAAUUACUACAGAAAAAUGGUAUUUGUUUCUUUUUAUGUUUACCUGGCCGGAAAGUAAAAUGAUAUCUGUUUGCAUCUCUGUUUCUGAGUCAGUACUUUUGUAGCUCUGUCUGGAAGUCCCAAGUCUGUAAUUAAUAUUAAUGACAAAAUGGUUGAAAUAUAUUGGCCUCUUAUAGGUAAGAUUGAGCAUUUUCUUAAAAGCUCUUUUGAGAAAUUCGUGUCACAAACUUUUCAGUUUCAGAAAAUCAAUAAAGUUUUCUAUUAAAUCCUUUAGACAAAUAGCACAAAUGAAUGAGUAAUGCCUGUGUGAUACAAAAACUGUGUUAAUAUAAUGAAAAUGGUACAAUAUUCAUGAAAUCUCCACUCAAUUAUGAAUCCCGGAUCUUUAUCUUUCGGGGUUCCAGACUGCGGUGAUUCUGUCGAGAUUCGAAUUGGAAAAUGAUGAACAA